AUGACCGAGCAACUCAGCGGUCGCAUCACCCCCGACCCAGUGUUGACCAAGGGAAACACAGACAAGAACACACUAGUGAUCGCCAUCUUAACAUAUCUCGAUGAGGCCAGCGAGGCAGAGCUCGUCCAGCACUUUCAAGAGAUAUUGGGCGACAGCAUCAAGAUCCACACAUGGAAGCCAUCGCGAUCAUUGCUGCAAUCCAUCGCCAAGCAAGGCCCCCACCUGGACAGCCAGGCCAAUUUGUAUGCACUGGCAGUCCUGGCCUACCGGUCUGAGCGAUCAGCCUUCCUGGUCGCAGACGAGCUGACCAGGCGUCAACUGACGGGGGAGCGCCGCGUGGGCGAAAGCGAUUCGAUCUCGGUGGUGAUGAUAUCGACCAAGCCGCAACCAUCGACAGCCGCGAAGCAAGAUGAUGAAGUUAUCAUUGUCGCCAAGCGUACCAAUGGUGAUGGCAAAGAGAUUCAAAAGCUACUUGAAAUGCCGCUGGAACCCCUGAGCAUCAAUCCACAGGCUCGCGAUAUCGAGAUGUUCCUACGGACCUCGUGUGGAUUGGCGCUUCACGAUCCGGAUCGAGCUGUGCUUACUGCCGACACAGCGUCGUCACUGGGUCGAGAGAAAUACUCGGGCGCCGUGGCCGAGGCAUUGUCCACAUCCCGUCGAGGCCUACCCGUGGAGCUGGUCACGGAUAUCGUCUCACGAGCAGACAGCGACAGCAUGACAGAACUGGUCCAAAUGCCGGUAUGGGAACGCGCCAUGAGCUAUCAGCAUUUGGUUAUCUUUCUCUUCUUCCCCGCCAGCGAAGACAAGCUGCACAAAACCCAGUCGAUAAUCCAGGAUGCAGUGCGAAAGCACGCUGCAACCAAAAAGCCAAAUCGCCAGAACACCACGGUAGAACUGAUUCCAUGGGAGCGGCAUCGUCUCGCAUCUCGACGGAAGCUAGCGACUUUCUACAAUGAAUACCGACACUGGGUUGACCCCAACACGAGGAUGGACCGGCCGCUCCAUUUUCUGCGCGAGCCCAUCCGCGGCAUUGACUCGGCUCAAUUUGGGAGUGUGUUUUCACGCUACGAACUGUUCCCGUUCGUGAGACAGAAUUCCCUGGAAGGGCUUGUCACAAAAAACUGGACAUCGGACGAUAAUCCUGACGAAGAGUCGGAAACCUUGGACAUCAACAGCGCUGAGAAUCUCUCGCACCCUGACGAGCCGUUCUAUUACAACCCUCCGCCCUGGAUGCCGUCCGGGUCGCAGGAAGAGGAAGAGACAGAAUUCGAGUGGCUGGCUGCGUUCUAUCUCACCAACCAAUUGACCAAAGAACAAGAUGAAUCCAUCCAAACAGAGCUCAAAACCAAAAACGAUAUUGACGAGGACUUCGAAUGGGUCAAAGAAAUCGGCGUGAUUCCCUGGAAGAGCGGCCCCGAAGGCGACGUCGACGGCACGAUCGAGGACAUCUGGGAGAUUGUGUGGAAGGUCUGGACAUCCGAGGGUCGGGCUGGCAAUUGUGGCACUUUUGCUUGUGUGGACCAGCAGUCGGCUGUCGAUCAGACGGUCAUCUUGGUGGAUGCGAAAUGGUACCAUGGCAGCCGGGAGCAGGAACUUCUCCAAUACCUUCCUAGUCCCACCAUGAAGGGAUUCAGAUACACGCGCGUUGCUGCCCGAGAUGCGCACCUUGACAAAAUUAAUCUGGAUAUUGCUAACAUGGGCAUCGAUGAGUGUGGUGAAGGGGCAAAGUCAUUUCGGAGACCUGACUGGCCAUCACCAGAGCUCUUUGAUGACGACGAUGACGAUGAGGAUGAAAAUGACGACGGAAAUGAAGAUGGAGAGUAG